AUGCAGCAGUACGUCAGCCUCCAAAACCUUUCCAUAUGUUUCCAGCUCUUAAUGCUCUCCUGUCAAACCCAGGGGGAGAAUCAACCGUCUCCUAAUUUUAACCAGUACGUGAGGGACCAGGGCGCCAUGACAGACCAGCUGAGCCGAAGGCAGAUCAGGGAAUACCAGCUCUACAGCCGGACCAGUGGCAAGCAUGUCCAGGUGAAUGGCAAAAGGAUCACCGCCACAGCAGAGGAUGGCAACAAAUUCGCAAAGCUGAUUGUGGAGACGGACACUUUUGGGAGCCGUGUGCGCAUCAAGGGAGCCGAGAGCGAGAAAUACAUCUGCAUGAGCAAGAGGGGGAAGCUCAUUGGAAAACCCAAUGGCAAGAGCAAAGACUGCAUCUUCACUGAGAUCGUUCUGGAGAACAACUACACAGCUUUCCAGAAUGCCCGCCACGAGGGCUGGUACAUGGCCUUCACGCGCAAGGGCCGCCCUCGGAAAGCCACCAAGAGCCGCCAGAACCAGCGGGAGGCACACUUCAUCAAGCGCCUCUACCGCGGCCAGCUGCCCUUCCCCAACAACGCCGAGCGGCAGAAGCAGUUUGAGUUUGUGGGAUCCUCCUCCCCGACGCGCCGGACGAAGCGCACCCGCACCCCUCGGCCCCGCACGUAG